UCGAUUUGUCAUAGCGCUGCGGAAGCCCAACAAUUCAGUGGUUGUGAGAAGCGUGUGCGUGCGUGUACCUCGGUGUUCGUUAUUUGUGUGUGCUAGAUUUUGCAAGCCUUGCAACGCUGCCCAGCUUUUUGUUUUUCACCGAACGUUGUUAAACAAUAGUGAGCAAAAAACCAACCAAAAAAAACCGAAGGUUGGCGUGGAAAACGCGUAAUAGAGAGAUCCGGGCGCUUGUCGGCGGAGCCUGGCAAAGGGCACGCUAGCGUUUUCUUUCAUUUCCCCUUUUGUCGGUGGAACUUGGAAGCUGUGGUCCGUUUUUUUUUAGAAAGAGAGAGAGAGAAGAACAGUGGCAAUGUGUGGCACGAAAACGUAAAACAUGUUUCAUCCUGUCGUUAACCGUCGAUGCUGGAUUAACCAUCUCCUAGCAAGGGCUUAUGAUUAGUACGAGAACGCGAGGCAAGGCAGCAACACACACACACACACACACACGGUGCACAACAAAAGACUUACUGGCCCGAUUCCAACAGUGUACCAUACGCGUUAGUUCCGUGCCCGUACGUGUCGCGGCAGUAAGGCGACCACCAAAAUAGGCUCCCACGCGGCCCAGAUCCUGCCCGCGAUGGAGAAGGGCAAGGAUGCGGUCAUGCCGGUGGUACCACCGUUGGAUAAUGCGGCCGCCGCACAGAUCGUUUGCCGCUUCUUCCAGUACGGUACGUGCCGGUUCGGCAGUUCCUGCCGCUUCAUCCACCCUGCCGAACCAGCCGCGCUCGGAACGCACGGUAGCAGCUGCGGCAGCAGCGGUAGCAGCAACAGCAGCACCACCGGCACCAGCCCAGCCGACGGCAUUACGCUGCCGGCGAAGCAGCAGGCCGAUGCGGAUAGCAAACUAAAUCCUUCCACGCUCGACCUUUCCCGCUGGAUUGAUGCGCCCGUGUUUGUGCCCAAAUCGAAGCUCUCCUAUCAGCAGCAGCCACAGCCUCCCCGCAAUAAGCUUCAGCACAAGGAACGGAAAGGAGUGCCGGAUGAGGAGGAAGAGGAGGAGGCGGAGGAGGAGGAGGAGGGAGAGGAGAGAGAAUUAGACGAUGAUGAGCGAAAUAACGAAGCUGAUAAUGAGGCAGACAACGAGGAGGAGGAGGAGGAGGAGGAGGAGGAAGAUGUGGAGCAGGACGCAGAAGAUGGUGCUGUCGGGUAUACUCGCGCGUCACUGCUUUCCUACGCCAGCGUCGUCACGAUGAACAACAAUCACAACGGCAAGGACAUAAAGCAGCCACCGGGCGAGUUGCGGCUCUGUAUGCACUACGAAAAGCACGGCAUCUGUCCGCUCGGCGACUGUAUGUACUUGCACGGGGAGCUGUGCGAGCUGUGCCAGCGGUAUUGUCUCGAUCCGCGCGACAAGGAGCAGCAGCGCCGCCACAAUGCGGACUGCAUCCGCGAGCACGAGCUGGAAAUGGAGCACGCGUUCGCGGUGCAACGUUCGCGCGACAAAUCGUGCGGCAUCUGUCUGGAGGUGGUGAUGGAAAAGCGGGCCCGGGAGCAACGGUUUGGCAUCCUGCCCAACUGUAAGCAUACCUUCUGUCUCGGGUGCAUCCGGACCUGGCGCAAGGCAAACAAUUUUGCCAACAAAAUUAAAAGGAGCUGCCCCACCUGUCGCGUACCAUCCGACUUUGUCUGUCCGAGCUUCGUGUGGGUGGAGUGUGGCGAAGAGAAGGAGCGGCUGAUCGAAAACUACAAGCAAGCCUGCAACAACACGGACUGCAUGCACUUCAAGAAGGGCAGCGCAAACUGCCCGUUCGGCAACAAGUGCUUCUACCGCCAUGCGCUACCGUCCGGCGAGCUGGUCGAUCUGGGCGCGCCGUCCCGCCGGCGCAACCCGCACCGGGGCCGCGACCGCGACAUGGAUCACGCCGAUACGUUCCAGCUGCAGGAGCUGUUCGCCUCCCUGCUCGCCCCGCGCAGCUGGAUGCUGGACGAGUACAUGACGUCGCUGUUUUCCGAGCUGGAAGAUUCGGAGGACGAUUUGGAUUACCUGUCCGGGCGGGGCGGCGGCUUCCCGUCCGACUCCUCCGACUACGAAGAAGAUUUUAUGUUCGAUCUGAUAUGAUCAGCAUCCAAGCAUUAAGCGGAGUCAGUGAGGGGCGGGGGAGGGGGUCCGGUAGGGAGGGGGGAGGGGGGGAGAAUAUAAAAUUCGCGGCGGUGCGAAAAAGCGUUUAAAAAACAGAUCAGAGCCAAAGCUUAAAACACACAAACAAAAACUAACACACACAUACACACACACACAUACAUAUUGAAGCACGCACGCAUGGAAUGUCAUACGGUGAUGCACAAUACGGUUAGCGGGCGGUCGAUGAUGGUCGUUCGAAUGUUAUUGGUUUUUUGUUAGUCGGUUUGUUGUGUGCCAAUCCUUACUAUUCGUUAGCUGAUUACACUAUCAUUUACACACACACACACCUAGAAGCGGAAUGGCAUUACGAAGGGGAAAAUGAAUUGCGAGUGUGUCGAAAAGAAGAAGAAGAAAACAACGGCAAGGAGUGUAAGCAUCAAACUAGGCAAUGGAGAGGUGGUGUGUGGUGAUGUGGAUCAUCCAGUUCUGCGGACAAAACCAACAACAAACGCUCAAAUCUUGAUUGUCUCUAGCCCCUCCUCCAAACACUCAUUAGCCGUAAAGAAUAAAGGGAAGGCAAAACACCGUUAAAAACGCACGAACGUGAAGCAGUACAGCAUUCCACCCGCAUCCUCGGGAGCUCGGUGCGUACCCCGACCGGGCUCCCCAGCCAAGGGUUUCCGGCUAUGUUUUAGUCAUGCUUGGUUCUUUCGAAACGCAUUCAAAGCCAGAGGGCGAACCGAGCGAAAGCGAGCGAGAGAGAGAGAGAGAGUUUUCCCACCCACAUCCCCACCCCCCCUUCCCCCCAUCAACUGUAGAUCUGAGCGCCGGUUAGACAUUCAAACUUCCUUCCCAUUUUCGCGCCCUCGCGUCCCAAAUCAAUCUACCUCACCGUACUAGAAUAUCUUUAUCACAUCACACGCACAUACAACACGCGCCUCACUAACGAACAGAUUGGGAGGCCUUUUCCUUUUUUUUUUCUUUGGCGAAACGCCACACAAAAAACCAAGCAAGUGAGAAGAAGGAUCGCCGUCUUAUGGUGUUUGUUGGUUUGUUUGUUUUUUUUUGCCAUUAAUUAGCUACUAUAGAGAGUUUAAAUUAUAUUAUAUAUUGGGUGCAAGUUACGCACUCAGGAACCGUUUAAACGUAUGUGUGUGUGUGGUGGCCGUGGUUUUGUUUUUCGUUAUAGUCAGUUUCGUUUUAUUCCCCGUAACAUGAACGUUAGGUUUUUUUUUUGAAUUAAUUGGCUGGAAAGAUGGAAAAAUUAGAGAUUGUAUUAAACUCUUUAUGUUGACUUUCCGGGUUUUGUAAUUUAUGCAUACAUAUAUAGAAACAUAUAGAUUUAUACGAAGUUGGUUCGUUUUGCUUACUACAGUAUUCUCGUUUGGAAAUUUAAUUUGAAAUGAAGAGCGCGCGCGAGAGAGAGAGAGAGGGAGAGAAUUUUCUAUUUUUUCUUCUUAUUACAUUCAUUAGGAUCCGGUCUUCGCUCUCUCUCUCUCUCUCUCUCUCUCUCUCUCUCUCUCUCUCUCUGUGCUCCGGUACUGCUUUUCCCGGAUGUAAAAGUGUAUUUUCCGGAUGGCAUGAUGAAGAGAAAAGGAGGAGGGGGGGUGAGGGGAAAGGAGAAAAGUGCGUAGGGAAAAUCUCGAAUAAUCACGAAGCGAAAAACGCAAACAAAUGAAUGAAUUUCGUCGAAUCCAGGAUUGUUGGUGUGGUGGCAUGAACUAAUAUAUUGUAUGCAAAUUGUUUAUCGCAUUUCUUUUAAGUUGCGUGUGCCCACGGUUCGGUUUACCCAAGCAGAAAAUUGAUAUGAAAUGUAAAAGAGAAAAACGAAACAAACAAAAAACAGGAUAUGCGUUUUGGAAUGAACUGAAAAAGGCUGGAUUCGAUGUGUUAAGAAAUAGAUAUAUAUAUAUACACACAUACAUAAAUAUGUGUAUAAAGCAUGUAUCGGAUAGGUAAUAAAUGAAGCAGGCCCCACUUUGUCAACACAUUGUAGCAAAGGCCCAGGGGAACCCAAGGCAGAAUAAACUAGCGCUCGAGGGCGGAGUGGAAAGAGAGAGAGAGAUAGAGCGAUAGGAAGGCCGUGUUAACAUGUAAACCCGAAAGCACAGACAUACACACAUAUGAGCCAUGGGGCGGGUAGUCUCACCCACCAAAAUUAUAAUUAUGAAAUAUUACUAACUAGUACAUACACUCACGAUUUACUUGAUUUUUGUGAUACGACACACAUAUAUAUAUAUACACAUAUAUAUAUAUUGUUUCUCCUAACUAUAUAGCUUUUAUACAAAACGAAAAACCCGUGCGUGUGUGUGUGUGAGAGAGAGAGAGAGAGAAUGUGCCUCGCGUGUUUGUGUGGUGGAAAAGGGAAGUAAACCGGAAGUAAACCGAGAGUGAUAAAACGAUAGACCGAUGGGGUGGCACAAACACACACACACACUACGAACACUCGUUCGUUUGCGUUGUUUUUUUUAUAAACUUUUGCGCCAGUGGAUUAUAAAUCAAACAAACAAAAAAACCCGACGAAAGGAUCGAGAAAAGAGGAAAAAUCAAACCUUGUUAUGUGCGUGUUGUUACGUUUGAUUUUUUCUGUUCUACCGCGUUGCGUACCUACUUCGUACACAUGUAUGAGUCUGUGUGUGUGUGUGUAUGUAGCCACGCGCUAAUCAAACCAGUAUCCAUGUUUAGUAAGUAAGGCUCAUUUAGGAAUUAAGUAUAUUACUGCGCGAUGGAGAGCGAGUGAGAGAGCGAGCGAGAGAGGCAGAGAAAAUGGCGCCCCCAUGGCAUAUGAAAACCAAAAGCACAACCCGCGAUAAAGUUAUAUUGUGCUGGUUAAUUUUCUAAACGACAAGUGUCCACAUGGUUUGAAGACAACUAUAAUCUUCUUCUUUCAUACGCCAAAUUCGAAAGGUCUCUUCGGUCGGCCAUUUGUGGUUUCCUAGGCUUGAUCAUAGCAGGCGGCCAUAAUAGUAUCUCGCGCUUCCCGCUAGAGGGCGUCUUAAGGAGAAUAUAUAUAUAUGAUCACGGCGUAACUGGCCAGUUUUAACGGCGGGGGUCCAUGACCACCGAACUGAAUUUGUGAUUUUUUUUUUUUUUUUGUUUGUCAACUCAUAGUGCAUAGUUUUCAGCGGGUGGAGGCUUGUUGUGUAUUAAUCCUUGCAAAUCACUGUGUUUGGCCUUUUUUUAAACCAACCAAAUGGUUCUUAAGCGUUUUUUGUUUGUUGUUGUUGUCACUUACAACGGUUUCAAGUGAAUACCUGGGAAUGUCUCAAUGCGCUCAGUUACUUGAAAGAAAACGAAAUUGACGUAGAACGAUGCGAAAGCGUGUUCCAGUAGCUUGCAGCGAAAGGCCACGGCAAAACGGGGUUGUGAUUUGAAAAACUGCAUUCAUAAUCAUUUACGGGCGUGAAGUGCGGGGCGGUAAGGGGUUGAUGGGUUUGAUUGAACAUGUUUCCCUACUUCAAUCAUCGGAGAUGGGGGGGGGGGGGGAGGGGGAUCUGUUUCCUUCUCCCUGCAUCGCCUAGAUGUUACUUUGUUCAGGGGAAACGUUUCUUAACUCUCUUAAUUAAACCUAGCUACGCGUGUGUGUGUUCGAAUGUCCUGAAUGCCUGUGUGAGUGAGAGAGAGACUGAGCGAACGGGGUUUGGAUGUGAGCGAGGAUGGUAAUAAACACAAAAUAAAACUUUAGAAACCCAACACACAAAAUCACAAGAAAGGAAAUCAUAGAUGCCUUAAGGUUUGUUUUUAAGAUGGUAAAACAAAAAUCUGCAAUUAGUAAGCGGUGUAGUGUAAAGAGAAAAAAAGAGCAAGAAGGAAAACGUAAAGGGAAAAACAUAUAUUAUGAAACGAAAUCAAAUACAGAAAACAAAACGUGUAAUGCGUUAAUAGAAUACGACAAAGACGAAAAGAGUAUGCAAACAAAGGGGAACAGGAAACAGAGAAUGAGAGAGCGAGAGAGAAGAAAAGUUAUAAAAAAGAGAAUAGGUUUAGUUCCAACAAUCUAAAACUAUUACUUACUAUUUUUUGUUUGUUUUCAAACCACACUAGGUGCUUCAAAACACCUCGGCCUGAAGAAUGAGAGCGCGACCAAAAAAAGAAAAACGAAAGUAAAGGAAAAGAGAACAAAACAAAACUGUUAUACAAAAGAAAAACAAACACAGCUAAACAGCUAAAGUAAUUGAUAACAUACGUAAACCAAACCAAAAGAGAGGUAUGAAUCGAUAAUGAAAAUACCAGAAGUAAAAUUUAAAGUAAAACGUAGUAGAAACGAACUAAAACUCACGAAAUCACGGCUAACAAAAAACAAAAAACAUACACACACAACUAUGUAAAAACAUGUACGAUUUGGAAGCACGGGAGAUGAAGUGUGUGUGUGUGUGUACUAAGGAUGGAAUACUUCCUUUGCCAACUGUUGUCGGCGCUCUUUUGUUUUCGAUUGCUUACAGUUAGUAAUUAACCUAAUCGUAAUCUGAGUAUAGCUGUCUAUAUUUACAACAACCACAUAUACACAGCAAGUCACAUGCUCCAAACCAACUACACAAUGGACACAAAACACCGACACACAAAAGAGACGCGCAACAGGAAAUACAAGCAAAUUUAUUAAAACAAACAAAGGCCAAUGCCAAAACAAAACAAAAUAAUACGUUGAUGUUGGUGGAGAAAUUUGGAUUUGGAUGCAUUUCUUCUCUGUCCCUUAAUAUACGGCUGCAUAUAUAGACUAUAUUGUUGCCUGUACGCGAUGAAGCAUCAUUUAAAGAAGAAGAAAAAAAACACACAAGAACAUGAAAA